UCUUGGUCUCUUCUCUUCGUUCGUGCACUGGAACCGCGGUCGAACGAAUUCGCAGUUAAGAAGCAAAAGCUUGAAUAAACCAGCCCGUGAAGCAACUGUGAGCCAAAGAUUUAUCUAAGUACCGAAGUAGCUACUAACGCACAAAGGUUACAAUGCAACAGCCAACGGUUGUAAUUGCUGGAGCUCCCGCGGUCGGGCCAGAUUCCACCCACCUGGUGUGUCCUUCGUGCCGGUCUACGAUUAGCACGCGCGUUGAGCACGAUUCCACCACGAAGACACAUAUCAUUGCAUUACUGUUGUGUGUAUUUUGCUGCUGGCCAUGCAUUUGUGUGCCGUACUGUAUGAACUCGUGCAAGGAUGCCAACCAUUACUGCCCCAAUUGCAAUGCAUUCAUCGGUAGCCAUAAGCACUAACUGGACAAUCAACGGAAAAUGUUGAUCUAUUAACUUUGACUGUUCCUGAUAGCAUACAACAGUAUCUUAUACGCACAUUAGAUACCACAAACCAGUAUGUAUACAACCUAAAAAAAAGUGA